CUCAUGGGGCCCCCUACUGACCCCGGGCCCUCGGGCAGUGCCCGAGUUUCCAAAUGGUCAGUCCGCCCCUGGACCCAAGGUUUCCUAGCAGAACAUUGGUCAAAGCAUCACAGCUUGCCUUCUACCCAUACUGCAUCCUUGCGUCAUCCCUUGCCAAGGGAAGCCUACCCCACCCCCUGCUAACUUGCCGACCUCCUCACACUCUUCCUACCACUCCAUCCCCCACAGCUAUCUCCUCCUGUGCCACCAUCCCCUCCCUCCUAGAUUGUAAGCUCGAAAGAGCAGAGCCCUCGAUCCCCUCAUGUUUUGCAUUGUAUUGGUAUUAAUCUGUCACAUGUUCUGUCCCCCUCUGUAAUGUACAGCGCUGA